AUGCAGCCUUUGAUUUUCUCUUAUCAAUUGUCACCAACAUUUUGUUGUCUAAUAGUCACAUUACUUGCUUUCACACUUUUCAUGAAACAUCAACGUAUUAUCCAUAAUUAUGAAAAACCAAAACUCCCUCCAGGUCCUACACCUUGGCCUAUAGUAGGCAAUAUUCCUGAAAUGCUUGCAAAUAGGACAACAUUUAGAUGGAUUCAAAAAAUAAUGAAUGACAUGAACAAAAAUAUUGCAUGCAUUCGUUUAGGUCGUGUUCAUGUCAUUCUAGUGAGUGAUUCUACAAUUUCACGUGAAUUAUGUGUAAAAUAA